GGCCGCGGCGGGGGAAGGCGAAGUUCACUCUCGGCGUCCGCCCCCUGAACCGGUCCCUUCGGAAGGAGGAAGCGGUGAAAGAGGGGGUGUCCAGGGCCGUGCCCCGGGGAAGCGUCGUCGCCGCUCAGCUGUCCCCCCACAAUGGACGCAGUACCUGCCACUGUGCCUUCCGUCACCGCUUCCCCGGGGAACUCGGGGCUUCUGGGACCCCUGUCGGUGCUCUACGCAGCCGUCCUAGCCAAGCUCCUGGAGCUGGUUGCUACGUUGCCUGAUGAUGUUCAGCCCGGGCCUGAUUUUUAUGGACUGCCGUGGAAGCCUGUGCUUAUCACUGCCUUCUUGGGGAUUGUGUCAUUUGUCAUUUUCUUUUGGAGAACUAUCCUUGUCGUAAAGAAUAGAGUGUACCAAGUCACUGAACAGCAAAUUUCUGAGAAGUUGAAGAAUAUCACAAAAGAAAAUGCAGAACUUGUACAGAAAUUGUCAGAUUAUGAACAGAAGAUCAAGGAAUCAAAGAAACAUGUUCAGGAAACCAAGAAACAAAAUAUGAUUCUCUCUGAUGAAGCAAUUAAAUUUAAGGAUAAAAUCCGGAAACUGGAAGAAACUAACGAGAGUCUGAAUGAUACAGCGAAAAGUCUGCGUGUUAUGUUAGACUCUGAGAGAGAUCAGAACGCCAAGAAUCAGGACUUGAUACUGGAAAACAAGAAGUCUUUAGAGAAGUUAAAGGAUGUUAUUGCCAUGAAUUCCUCAGAACUUUCAGAGGUUCAAAUCGCCCUUAAUGAAGCCAAACUCAGUGAAGAGAAGGUGAAGUCUGAAUGCCAUCGGGUUCAAGAAGAGAACACCAGGCUGAAGAAGAAGAAGGAGCAGUUGCAGCAGGAAAUCAAAGACUGGAGCAAAUCACAUGCAGAGCUCAGCGAGCAAAUCCGAUCGUUUGAGACGUGUCAGAAAGAUCUGGAAGUCGCUCUGACUCACAAAGAUGAUAGUGUUAACGCUUUGACUAAUUGCAUCACGCAGUUGAAUCGGUUAGACUGUGAAUCCGAAUCUGAGGGUCAAAAUAAAGGAGGAAACGAGUCAGAUGAAUUAGCAAAUGGGGAAGUAGGAGGUGACCGGAGCGAGAAGAUGAAAAAUCAGAUUAAGCAGAUGAUGGACAUUUCUCGGACACAAACGGCAAUAUCGGUAGUGGAAGAGGAUCUCAGACUCUUACAGUUAAAGCUUAGAGCCUCCAUGUCCACCAAAUGUAACCUGGAAGACCAGAUAAAGAAAUUAGAAGACGAUCGCGACUCACUGCAGUCUGCCAAAGCCGGGCUGGAAGACGAGUGCAGAACCCUGAGGCAGAAAGUGGAGAUUCUCAACGAGCUGUACCAGCAGAAGGAGAUGGCUCUGCAGAAGAAGUUGAGUCAAGAGGAAUACGAGCGGCAGGAAAGAGAACAGCGGCUGUCGGCUGCGGAUGAAAAGGCGGUUUUGGCGGCAGAGGAAGUGAAAACUUAUAAGCGGAGAAUUGAAGAAAUGGAGGAUGAAUUACAGAAGACAGAGCGCGCAUUUAAAAGCCAGAUUGCUACUCACGAGAAGAAAGCUCACGAUAACUGGCUCAAAGCUCGUGCCGCAGAAAGAGCUAUCGCUGAAGAGAAAAGAGAAGCUGCCAACUUGAGGCACAAAUUAUUGGAACUGACCCAGAAGAUGGCAAUGCUACAAGAAGAACCUGUGAUUGUGAAACCAAUGCCAGGGAGACCCAGCGCCCAGAACCCCCCGCGGAGAGGUCCCCUGAGCCAGAACGGCUCUUUCGGCCCGUCGCCUGUGAGUGGGGGCGAGUGCUCCCCGCCUCCAGACCCGCCCGUGAGGCCGCCGUCUGCCACGCUUGGCCGAGGAGAUGUGCCCAGACGUGACCUUGGUUCAGCGGACGGAUCUCUACCUCGUCCCCGCUGGUCGUCUGAGGCCUCUGGGAAGCCCUCUGCCUCCGAGCCAGCGUCUGGUGCCACGCCCAUGACGAACAGCAGCUCAAGAAGCUCCUCCCCAUCCAAGGUGAUGGACGAGGGCAAGCAAACUGCUCUCCACGAGCCUGAAGGCCCGUCAGUCCCCAGCAUCCCAUCUCUGGCUGAGCACCCAGUCGCAGUGAACGUGGCAGCAAAGGGGCCGCCUCCUUUCCCAGGGGUGCCCCUCCUGAGCUCCCCCGUGGGAGGCCCUCUCCUGCCGCCCAUCCGGUACGGACCGCCGCCUCAGCUCUGCGGGCCUUUCGGGCCUCGGCCACUUCCUCCGCCAUUUGGUCCAGGUUUCCGUCCGCCGCUGGGCCUGAGGGAAUACGCACCAGGUGUCCCACCCGGGACACGGGACCUGCCGCUCGACCCUCGGGAAUUCCUGCCAGGACACACGCAUUUUAGACCUCUAGGCUCUCAUGGCCCAAGGGAGUACUUUUUCCCUGGUACCCGAUUACCGGCCCCAGCUCACAGCCCGCAGGAGUAUCCCCCGCCCCCUGCUACAAGAGACGCGCCCCCGCCUGCCCCCCAGAGCCGCAGCCAGGACUCUUCGCCGGCUUUGAAACAGAGCCCGUGACCAUGACCACUGACGCCGGGUUGGGGAGAAAGUGGACCGUGCACUAUCCACUACAGGCUUCAAAAUCCCGAAGUUGAUUUCAAAGGGUUUGUUUUUCGAACUAAGCUGCCCUGGCAGUGUGCAUUUUUGAGCCAAGCAAUUAAAAAAUAUCAUUUCCCCCUUCAAUAAAAAUCACCUGGUAAGCUAGAGCCUCCUUCCAGCUUUGAAAUGUGCAAUAAAGAGUCCCGCAUUUUAGUUAAUGCAGCAUAUGUAACUGUUCAGUGAUUUAGAAUGUCAUGAAAAAUACGAACAUUUCCUGUGGAAAUGCUUAAGAACGUGUAUUUCCAUUUAUUAUCCUAUUUUUAGUGUAUACCAGUUGAAUGGAGAGCAAUGGUGUUUAUAAGCUCGAUUUUUAAAAAAUAUGGGUCGCAAAGACUGUUACGCUAAAAAUGUUUACUAAAAGAUCACUAAACUGUCCCCCCCUUGCUGAUGUUCUUUGUAGUACUAGUUCAUAAAACUUUGGUUACUACUUCCCAA